AUGAUUAUUAUUCUACUUCUUCUUCUCCGGCUUCUCUCCCUUGUCCUCUCCCUCCUGUUCCUCCUCUCUUCUGCUCCUCCUUCUACCUCCUCCUCCCUUUCUCCCUCCCCUCCAUCAUUUUCAUGCGUCUUCCUUCUUUGCAGACCGCCGUCGCAGCUGCCGUCGAGUUGUUACCACGGUAACAUCUUCCUGGAGCGUCUGCGGGUCCUUCGGUCUGGCGAACGGACCAAAAAACUCGCCUUUGAUCUCAUCUACCAGGGGGAUCUCGAUAUAGCACAGUUCGGCUGCCUGCGCAACAGGUCGUCUCUUUCUUUUUACUCCUCCUUCGAGACUGUUUCCGCCACUUCACAGCGUUACGCAAGAAAUUGA